CAUUUUUCAAAAAAGAUGCCACCAAAACCGAAAAAGUCUCAGAAAAAAGUUACAGAGGUCGUUUCAUCUACUGUUGCUGGUACAUCUGGCACAUCUGGUACAACUGCAAAAGACAAAGGUGUCGAAAUAUUUGAAAAUGCUCCUCCCCUACGAACGGAGCUAUCUAGUGGUUCUUCGUCAACCCCUUCUAAAAUCUGGGUCAAGUAUGGCGAUAGCAGACCAGUUAGACUUACUUUCGACGGAGAGAUUGUAGACGAUUUGAUAAGAGUGAUUAAAAAGGAACUGCCAAAUGAGUUGGCCGACGUUGAUGUCAACCGCAUCACUUUAAGAAGACACGGUGAAGAAAAGGACUUAGAUCCUGGGCUUGUUGUGGAUCAGAGCUUCGAGAAUAACUUAAGCACACCUCUACAAGUCACUGUAGAGGCAUCAACUGUUACAUUCUAA